AUGGCUCCUACAGCGUUGGCGGUUAUGGCCAAGCCAGUGGUUGCCUGGCAAGGUGACAGUAUACACGGUGGUCGUCCACACUCCCAGGGAAAAAGACAAAACAAAUCUUGUAAGACGUUAACCAAAGCGACGAUUAUGUCGGAUGCGGACACAGAAGGCAGCAGCGGGGCGUGGCGGAAUGUGUCCAUUACGUCGUCAGAGAGAGACGGACCGCAUAUCGCUGUUCACAGCACCAGCGAGGAUAAAGACAACGAUGGAACAUCGGCGACCAGCAUACACAGCCUACUUAUGGUGAGUGGCCAACACUCCCUCACCACCACCGACAUAGGCUCAGACUACACCAGUGAAGGAGGCGAAUCUAACCACGAGGUGGGCCCACAACCCCUUACGCCACAGCUGGUGGCCGCCCUAGUCAAGCAGCUGGAGGACUACUUCAGUGACGAUGGCCUCGCCAAAGACCUCUUUCUGCUAAAGCAUGUCAAGCGUCAUCGGGAUGGGUUUGUCUCCCUCAAGCUGUUGUCAGGGUACAAGAAUGUGAAGAAGAUUUCUCGAGACUGGAGAACAUUGGCGGCGGCGCUCAGGAGCUCCACGACGCUCCAGGUGAAUGACGAGGGUACCAAGGUGAAGCGAAGGGCGCCCCUCCCACCCACCUUGCUAUAUGACGCCCCUUCCUCUCGCGCCAUAGUGGCCGUCAACGUGCCCGCCCACCAAGCCACCAUGGCCGGUCUGGCGGUGCUGUUUGGCACAUACGGCACUGUGGCGUCCCUGCACGUGGUGCGUCCUAAGCCUGGGGGUGGCGUCCCACCGGAGUUACAGACUCUGGUGUCCCGCGUGCCGAAGAUAGCGACAACGACGUGUGCUGUGGUGGAAUAUGAAGACGUAUGGGGUGCUGCUCGUGCCCUCCAGGAACUUAUUAAUCCACCCAUGACCCUUCAUGUCCUUCGUCGCUCACGUCGCCCUUCCCCAAAUUCGAGCAGGAAUUCUCUUACGCCCACACCCACGCCCAAGGGACGCAUGAGGGGCGAGAAUGGAGUGUCGGCCGAGGAACUCCGCCAGCGUCUCAAGUGCAGCAGAUCAAAGCUGCGACACAUUCACAAUGAGUCCAGCACCUCUGAAGGUGAGGACAGCGGUAGCAGCCAGUCAUGGUGGCGUCAAGGCUCACCUCACCUCACACCCCAGCCCCCACUGCGUCCCACCUGCCACGCAUUAAACGGGUGUAGCAUGUCCACACCCAGCUCUCCCGCCUCUUACCGGCGGACCCAACACCAUCUGCCUGUCACAAGGCACCCGCGUGGCCCCGAUGGCACCCGCGGAUUUUCUCGGGUUCGCACUUUGGCGGGUCUGGGCCUUUUAUUUCAUCCUUCUUUUCACCAAUCCCAAUUUUAA